AUGGCAUUUGGAGCUAAACAACUUCGCACAGAGUGUUACCUUCGGCAGCUACGUAUCGUUAAAAAAGGCCCGGACGCCAACGACCACAAGUCAGGAUAUGUUGCGUUAUUAAUGCAACAGAAGCGCGCGUUCAGCGAGAUGCAACGUCUAGGUGUGGAGGAAGGUCCGGCUGAACGCGGUGUAGUGGGUAACAAACGUCGUACUCGCCACUGCAUGCUACGGCUUUUGAAUGUCAUGUUUUCGGAUUUAUUUGCACACCGGCUUCAUGAAAUUGACGCUAGAGCAACCAGGGCCGACCAAGUUUUCACCGUUCCUCACGAAGCUGCAAAAUUACGAAAUAUGUGGAAGGAUAUUACUGGUCGUUAUGCUACUGCUGUGGCGAACUCUCAAAUUUCAGGCGUGCACGACAAUGAUUUCUUUUCUUUCUGCUCCGGAAAAAUCGACGUCCUGUACAUGCGUGAGUGGAUGCGUGAAAAACCUGGUUUGUUGGAGUCCGUAGAAGGGAAACUGCCAAAACGUGCUCGUUUACAUACAAUGGAGGGAUGUAGUGACAGCGACGACGACGAGGUUGGAGGAUCUCGUCAAUCAAAAAAACAACGCGCUUGA